GGCAUGAUAGGAAGUAGAGGACGUUGUUUUGAAAUUGCUCUAAACUUUGGAAUUAUUACAUUUCCCGGAACGAGCAGUUAGAUAUUUCUGCGUGAAGAAAAUGGUUCUAGUCAGACGGUAGUGGUGGGUUAUAGAGAAGUUUUGUAGCUGGAGGUCCUCUGUGUCAGGGACUAAAAGCACCGUUAGCUCAUUCAAAGACGGUCAAGAUGAGUUCUGUCAGAUGUCUGGCGUACAGCAGGUUGUUGUGUCACCUCAGUACAUCACCACGUGUGCACACAUCAGUUUCCAGUCAUGGCAUCCAGAGGAGACCGUUCAGCAGGUCCAGCAGAUGCAGGACCAUCAUGCCAGCCUGGGUCAUUGAUAAGUAUGGAAGCAACGAUGUUCUCCGGUUCACCAGAAACGCUGCCUUCCCCAUCAUCGACUACCCCAAUGAGGUCAUUGUCAAAGUGUUUGCAGCAGGACUGAACCCGCUUGAUGUCGGCAUGAGAGGUGGCUAUGGUGCAGCUACAAUGUCUAUGAAGAGAGACCCUCUGAACAUGAAGCAGUCGGGCAGCGAGUUCCCUCUCAUCCUGGGAAGAGAUGUGUCUGGGGUCAUCAUGGAGUGUGGCCUGGAUGUGAAGUACUUCAGAGAAAGGGAUGAGGUGUGGGCUGCUAUCCCACCAUGGAAGCAGGGCAGCUUGGCUGAGUUUGUGGUUCUGAGUGCCAAUGAGGUUUCCCACAAACCAAAGUCCUUGAGCCACACAGAGGCAGCAGCCAUUCCCUACGUGGCAACCACCGCCUGGUCAGCUCUGGUUAAUACUGGUGGCCUCAGUAAGGACAACUGUGCCAACAAACGGAUUCUGAUCCUUGGAGGGUCAGGAGGAGUGGGAACAUUUGCUAUACAGAUGUUGAAGGCCUGGGGAGCCCAUGUGACUGUAACCUGCUCCCAGAAUGCCGAGCGGUUUGUCCGGGAGCUCGGAGCGGAUCACGUAGUCGACUACACCGCUGGACCUGUUGAAGAGCCCCUCAGUGAGCUGGACAAAUUUGACCUGAUCCUGGAUAAUGUCGGGGGCGACACAGAGCGUUGGGCGCUGAGUCUGCUGAAGCCUUGGAGUGGCAGCAAGUAUGUCACCCUCGUAACACCCUUCCUCCAGAACACCGACAGCCUGGGCGUGGCUGACGGCAUGAUGCAGACUGCAGCUACGGUGGCCACCAAGGCUCUGAAGCACCUGGUUAAAGGAGUUCACUACCGCUGGGGAUUCUUUGCUCCUAGUGGUCCAGCACUGGAUGAAAUAAGGGACAUGGUGGAUGCAGGACAGAUCCGGGCCGUUGUGGACGAGACGUUCAGCUUCUCGCAGGUUCCUCAGGCCUUCGAUAAGGUGGAGAAAGGUCACGCCCGAGGAAAGACUGUGGUCGAGAUCAGCAAAGGAGGGGAGGACUUAUAACACUGACUCUGGGAACGUGUACAGUUAUGAAACAGACUGAAUUUAAUUUAAAAUCAAGGUUGAAGCUCAUCAUACACACAAGUACAUCACAGAAGGUUACUACUGUUGGUGCCUGUCCAAAGUGUGGCUUUUGUAUUUUAAUUAGGAGUUUGGUUACUGGCGAUGUACAUAAAAGCACUCCAGCUGCUGUGUAUGUCUGCUUUAAAAUGUCUGGCAUUUUAUAUUGAUCCGAUGAAUAAUAAAUAAGCUACUGAAAGGAAA